AGGCUGUAUUUACACAGCCAUCCGACCGUGGCCAGCUCUCCUGCUCUGCUCAAACAAGGUGUGUGUGUGUGUGUUUGUGUGUUUGUGUGCGGCUUGCUGAAUGCACGCUCAAAGUUUGGAGGGAAGGCAGAGACUAUGUUCAUUUGAGUAAGCGUGGGUGCCAGUGUGAGUGUGAAGCGACCGUCUGCUACCACUCUACAGGUUACUACUUUGCUCAGAGCCACGGAGUGUGGCGAAGACUUUAUAGGAGGGGAAAGACGAGAGGAAGCGAGAACAUUUUGUUUUCAGUUUGGUUUUAUACUUCACCACUCCUGCACAUCUGAAGAAAGGAAAGGGGUAGAGAAGACAAAGAGGAGGAAACCUUUUCGGGAACUGAAGGACAGCUUGGCGUGCUCCGCUUACACUCUGCCGGAGAAGGACAGGGAUUUUACACAGGGAAACCAUAUCUUUAAACGCAGAUUUAGGAUUUUACUGAAUUUUCGUCGACCGGGAAGUGUGGAUUGUCGAAACUGAUCUACCGGUGGGUAGCUAGCUCAUGUCCUGUGGACAGCCCUGCAGGCCCUGUGCUAUGCUGGAGAGUCCCCUGGCGCAGGCACGCUGCAGAGCCCAAUACCUGACCAGGUGAUUUAGGCUGAGAGAAAAGAGCCCUGACAUGGAGCUGGACCGCCAGCGAGACGCCCCUCUGCUCUCCCCGGCUGCAUUCAUCAACCAGGUGCAGUACUCCAACAUCCUGGAGGGGAGGUUCAAACAGCUCCAAGACGAGCGUGAAGCUGUGCAGAAGAAGACCUUCACUAAGUGGGUGAACUCCCACCUGGGCCGGGUGACGUGCCGCAUCGGGGACCUGUACACUGACCUGCGCGAUGGACGCAUGCUCAUCCGCCUGCUGGAGGUGCUGUCCGGAGAACAGCUGCCCAAGCCCACUAAGGGGCGUAUGCGUAUCCACUGCCUGGAGAAUGUCGACAAGGCCCUGCAGUUCCUCAAGGAGCAGAAGGUCCACCUGGAGAACAUGGGCUCUCAUGAUAUUGUGGACGGGAACCACCGCCUCACCCUGGGUCUCAUCUGGACAAUCAUCCUCCGCUUCCAGAUCCAGGACAUCAGUGUGGAGACAGAAGAUAACAAGGAGAAGAAGUCUGCCAAAGAGGCUCUGCUGCUCUGGUGCCAGAUGAAGACCGCUGGGUAUCCCAACGUCAACGUUCAUAACUUCACCACCAGCUGGAGAGAUGGCCUGGCGUUCAAUGCUAUCGUGCACAAACACAGGUCGGACCUGAUUGAGUUUGACACUCUGAAGCGCUCCAACGCCCACUACAACCUCCAGAAUGCCUUCAACGUUGCGGAGAAGGAGCUGGGCCUCACCAAGCUCCUGGACCCAGAAGAUGUCAAUGUUGACCAGCCGGAUGAGAAGUCCAUCAUCACCUACGUGGCCACCUACUACCACUACUUCUCCAAGAUGAAGGCCCUGGCCGUGGAGGGCAAGAGGGUUGGCAAGGUGCUGGACUACGCCAUAGAGGCUGACCAGCUGGUUGGGAACUACGAGAGCCUGGCGUCGGAGCUUCUGCAGUGGAUUGAGCAGACCAUCCUGACCCUGAACGACCGGCAGCUGGCCAACUCCUUGAACGGGGUGCAGAACCAGCUGCAGGCCUUCAACACCUACCGCACCGUGGAGAAGCCCCCCAAGUUUACAGAGAAAGGAAACCUUGAGGUGCUGCUGUUCACCAUCCAGAGCAAGAUGAGAGCCAACAACCAGAAGGUGUACAUUCCCCGUGAGGGCAAGCUGAUCUCUGACAUCAACAAGGCGUGGGAGCGUCUGGAGAAGGCAGAGCAUGAGCGGGAACUGGCGCUGCGGAAUGAGUUGAUUCGCCAGGAGAAGCUGGAGAUGCUCGCUGCUCGCUUCGACAGAAAGGCAGCCAUGAGGGAGACCUGGCUGAGCGAGAACCAGCGGCUUGUUUCCCAGGACAACUUCGGCGUGGACCUGGGAGCGGUGGAGGCGGCAACUCGCAAACACGAGGCCAUUGAGACGGACAUUGGGGCGUAUGGGGAGCGCGUGGCCGCCGUCGAGGCUGUGGCCAGAGAGCUGGAGGCGGAGAACUACCACGAGGUCCGGCGUGUGCUGGCCAGGAGGGACAACGUGCUGCGACUCUGGGAGUAUCUGAAGGAGCUGCUGGCUGCCCGACGGGAGCGACUCCACGCCCACAGAGACCUCCAGAGACUGCUGCAGGAGAUGCAAUACAUCAUGGACUGGAUGGAAGACAUGAAGGGCCGUCUGCAGUCCCAGGACAGCGGCAAACACCUGCAUGACGUGGAGGAUCUGCUGCAGACACACAGCCUGGUGGAGGCAGACAUCUCGGCUCAGGCAGAGAGAGUCCGGGGAGUGCAGGCAGCCGCACAGCGCUUCACCUCUGACGAACAGGUCUACAAGCCAUGUGAACCUGCACUGGUGGGGGAGAAGGUCUCUCUCCUCGGCCGGGCCUACGAGGAGCUGGGCCAGCUGGCCAAUGUGAGGAGGGAGCGCCUCGAGGACUCGCGGCGCCUGUGGCAGUUCCUGUGGGAGCUGGGAGAGGAGGCGGCGUGGAUCAGAGAGCAGGAGCAGAUCCUGGCCGGCGGUGACUGCGGACGUGACCUCACCUCCUCCCUGCACCUCCUCAGUAAGCAUGAGGCAUUCAGGGACGAGAUGGCGGCCCGCUACGGCCCCCUGAGCAACAGCAUUGCCGCCGGACAAACCUUGGUGGAGGAGGGACACUUCGGAGCCCCAGAGUGCACAGAGAGGAUCAAGGACGUCCGCGCUCAGUGGGCCCACCUCGAGGAGAUGUCGCAGCUGAGAGAGCAGCAGCUAAAGGAAGCCGUGGCCCUGCACCAGUUUCAGACCGACGCCAACGACAUGGAGGCCUGGAUCAUGGAGACACUGCGCCAGGUGUCCAGCCAGGAAGUGGGUCACGACGAGUUUUCCACCCAGACGCUAGCCCGCAAGCAGAGGGAGGUGGAGGAGGAGAUCCAGAGCCACCGCACCCUCAUCGACUCCCUGCAUGAGCAGGCCCUCAGUCUGCCCACAGUCCAUGCCAAUUCCCCGCAGGUGGAGGGCCGCCUACCAGCUAUAGAGCAGCGCUACCAGGAGCUGGAGUCUCUGUCCGCCGCGCGGCGCCAGGCCCUGGAGGGGGCGCUGGCCCUUUACCGCAUGUACAGCGAGGCGGGAGCGUGCCAGCUGUGGGUGGGGGAGAAGGAACAGUGGCUGGACGGCAUGCAGAUCCCCACCAAACUGGAAGAUCUGGAGGUGGUGCAGCAGAGGUUCGAGACCCUGGAACCUGAGAUGAACAACCUGGUGACUCGUAUUGCCGACGUCAACCAGGUCGCUCAGCAGCUGCUGGGAUCUGAUAACCGCAGCAAAGAACAGAUCUACCAAACACAAGAACAGCUCAACAACCGGUGGAAGGAGUUCCAGCGUCUGGCGGACCAGAGGAAACAGGCCCUCGAGUCGGCCCUCAACAUCCAGAACUACCACCUGGAGUGUAACGAGAUCCAGACCUGGAUGAAGGAGAAGACCAAGGUGAUCGAGUCCACGGAAAGCCUGGGAAACGACCUGGCUGGGGUCAUGGCCCUGCAGCGCAAACUGACAGGCAUGGAGAGAGACCUGGAGGCCAUUCAGGGUAAGCUGGAUGACCUGAAGAAGGAGGCAGAGAAGCUGGCUGAGGAGCACCCGGAACAAUCCGAGGAGAUCCAUGCCCAUCUGGGGGAGAUCCAGGAAGUGUGGCAGGAGCUCAACGCCACAAUGAAGCGCCGUGAGGAGUCUCUGGGCGAGGCCAGCAAGCUGCAGGGCUUCCUCAGGGAUCUGGAUGACUUCCAGUCCUGGCUGUCCCGCACCCAGACCGCUGUGGCCUCAGAGGACAUACCCACCUCGCUGCCCGAAGCAGAGUGCCUGCUCAACCAGCACGAGAGCAUCAAGAAUGAGGUGGAAAACUACAAAGAGGACUACGAGAAGAUGAGGGCAGUAGGUGACGAGGUGACCCAGGGCCAGACGGAUUCCCAGUACAUGUUCCUGGCCCAGAGGCUGCAAGCACUCGACACCGGCUGGCAUGAGCUGCGACGCAUGUGGGAGAACCGCCAUAGUCUCCUGGCUCAAGCCUUUGACUUCCAAACUUUCCUGAGGGACGUCAAGCAGGCUGAGAGCUUCCUCAACAGUCAGGAGUAUGUCCUGUCUCACACAGAGAUGCCAUGCAGCCUGCAAGGGGCUGAGGAGGCAAUAAAGAAGCAUGAAGACUUCCUAACUACCAUGGAGGCCAGCGAGGAGAAGAUCUUGGGCGUGGUAGAGGCCGGACGACGCCUGGUCAAUGACGACAAUGCCAACUCUGAAAAGAUUCAGGAGAAGGCUGACUCCAUCCAGGACAGACACAAGAAGAAUAAGGAAGCUGCAAAUGAACUCCUGUCUAAGCUGAAGGACAACCGUGAACUUCAGCACUUCCUGCAGGACGGACAGGAGCUGAAUCUCUGGAUCAACGAGAAGAUGCUGACCGCUCAAGACAUGUCAUACGACGAGGCCAGGAACCUUCACAGCAAGUGGCAGAAACACCAGGCCUUCAUGGCUGAGUUGGCCUCCAACAAAGACUGGCUGGACAAGAUUGACAAGGAGGGUCAUGCCCUGGUGACUGAGAAGCCUGAGCUGCAGCCUGUGGUCCAGCAGACUCUGGACGGCCUGAAGGGCCAGUGGGAGGAGUUAGAGAACACGACUCGCACCAAGGCACAGUGCCUGUUUGACGCCAACAGAGCAGAACUCUUCACCCAGAGUUGUUCCGCCCUGGACGGGUGGCUGAAGAACCUGUCCAGCCAGCUGCAGAGCGACGACUACGGCAAGGACCUCACCUCUGUCAACAUCCUGCUCAAGAAGCACCAGAUGCUGGAGCACCAGAUGGAAGUGCGUGAGAAAGAGGUGCAGUCUCUGCAGUCGCAGGCCCUGGCUUUGUCCCAGGAGGAACCCGGUGUAGCCGUGGUGGAGGUGGAUGGCCAGCAGAAGAGAGUCACAGACAGCUUCUCCGAGCUCCAGGACCCCCUCAACUUGAGGAGACAACGCCUGCUAGCCUCCAAGGAGGCCCACCAGUUCAACAGAGACCUGGAGGAUGAGAUUCUGUGGGUGAAGGAGAGGAUGCCCCUGGCUACAUCCACAGACCACGGCAAAGACCUUCCCAGCGUCCAGCUGCUCAUCAAGAAGAACCAGACUUUGCAGAAGGAGAUCCAGGGCCACCAGCCUCGAAUCGAUGACAUCCAGACCCACCGCCGUGGAAUGUCCCCAGGGCAGGAGGACGUGGACGGGGAGCGACACUCGGCCCUGGAGGGCCGUCUGGCGGAGCUCCGAGACUCCUGGGCCCAGCUCAUCGCUGAGACAGACAAGCGCCACGCCCGGCUAGUGGACUCCAACCGCGCCCAGCAGUUCUACGCCGACGCAGCCGAAGCGGAGGCCUGGAUGGGAGAGCAGGAGCUGCACAUGAUGUCAGAGGAGAAGGCCAAGGAUGAGCAGUGUGCUCUGGUGAUGGUGAAGAAGCACCAGACGUUGGAGCAGGCUCUGGAAGACUACGCCCAGACCAUCCACCAGCUGGCCAACAGCAGCCGCACCAUGAUGGCCAGCGAUCACCCAGAAAGUGAGCGCAUCAAUCUACGGCAAGCCCAGGUCGAUAAGCUGUACGCAGGGCUGAAGGACCUGGCAGAAGAGCGACGAGGACGACUGCAGGAGAGGUUGAGGCUGACCCAGCUGAAGAGAGAGGUGGACGACCUGGAGCAGUGGAUCGCUGAGAGGGAGGUGGUGGCUGGAUCCCACGAGCUGGGACAGGACUACGAGCAUGUCACUAUGCUGCGGGACAAGUUCCGGGAAUUUGCUCGGGACACCAGCACCAUCGGCCAGGAGCGAGUGGACGCCGUUAACAGUCUGGCCGAUGACCUCAUCGAGUCCGGUCACCCCGAGAACGCCAGCGUGGCGGAGUGGAAGGACGGUCUGAAUGAGGCCUGGGCUGACCUGCUGGAGCUGAUCGACACCCGCACCCAGAUGCUGGCGGCCUCCUACGAGCUGCACCGCUUUCACCAGGACGCUCGCGAGGCACUGGGGAGGAUCCGGGAGAAGAAGGACGCACUGCCCUCUGACCUGGGCCGUGACCUCAACACCGUCCAGCACCUGCACCGACAGCACACGGCCUACGAGCACGACAUCCAGGCCCUCAGCGGGCAGGUGAACCAGGUGCAGGACGACGCUGCGCGGUUGCAGAAGGCCUACGCCGGGGAGAAGGCAGAGGAGAUCCACCGGAGCGAACGCUCUGUCACAGAGGCCUGGGAGGAACUGCUGAGGGCCGGCCAAACUCGCCGACACCUCCUGCAGGACACCGUGGAGAAGUUCCGCUUCUUCAACAUGGUGCGCGACCUCAUGCUGUGGAUGGACGGGGUCAACCUGCAGAUUGACGCCCAUGACAGCCCCAGGGAUGUGUCAUCUGCAGGCCUGGUCAUAGCCAACCACCAGGACAUCAAGUCUGAGAUGGAGACCCGGGCAGACAGCUUCACUGCCUGCAAUGACAUGGGACUCACUCUCAUCGACAAGAAGCACUAUGCAGCAGACGAGGUCCGGGAGAAACUGGACCAGCUCCAGGCCAAGAGGGACGAAAUCAACAAUAAGUGGCGGGACAAGAUGGACCACCUCCAGAUAGUGCUGGAGGUGCUGCAGUUCGGCCAGAACGCCUACGUGGCGGAGACAUGGCUGGCGGGACAGGAGCCCCUGGUGCGGGGGGCGGAGCUGGGCUCUAACGUGGACGAGGUGGAGAGCCUCAUCAAACGCCACGAGGCCUUUGAGAAAUUAGCCGCCUGCUGGGAGGAGCGCUUCACCGUCCUGGAGAAACUCACCACGCUGGAGGAGAAGGAGAUCCGAAGGAGGAGGGAGGAGGAGGAGAUGGCGAGGCGACCCCCCACGCCGCCCCCUACCGAAGAUGUGGCCCCGUCGGAGGCUGAGGGUGAAACACAAGAUGCCAGAACCAGCCUGGACCAGACCACACUGAACCAGUCAGUAUCAGUAAACGGCGUCCACAGUGACCAGGACACCUCUCAGUCGUUAUCAGUGUCUUCAGUGUCACUGGGAAAGAAAGAGAAAUGUGAGCCUGUCUCUAAACCGCUAUCUAAACCUGUAUCUAAGCCAAAGCAUCUGCCACCAGAUUCUGAGUCUGACUCGGUGAACGGCGCCGGGAGAGACAGCGGCCUGGCGUCCUCGCGCCUUGAGCCAUCGGCCACGCUACCCAGCAAGGGAGCGGAUGGCGGCGCAGACGCCAUGGAGGGCAUGCUUUACCGCAAGCAGGAGAUGGAGUCCCACGCCAAGAAGGCAGCUAGCAGCUUCUCUCUCUCUUCCCAUAGGUCCUGGCAGAAUGUGUACUGUGUCCUGCGUAAGGGCAGCCUUGGCUUCUAUAAGGACCAGAAGAGCGCCUCCAACGGGAUCCCGUACCACGGAGAGGUCCCCAUCAGCCUGGGGGAGGCGGCCUGCGAGGUGGCUCACGACUACAAGAAGAGGAAACACGUCUUCAAGCUGCGGCUAGGGGACGGUAAGGAGUUCCUGUUCCAAGCUAAAGAUGAGCCGGAGAUGGCAUUGUGGAUCCGCUCCAUCCACGGCGCCAUCCCAGCGGUGGGGUCUGAAGACCGCUCCCCGGGAGGCCCGCGGGCCCUGAGCCGAGCCAUGACCAUGCCCCCCAUCUCCCCCAGUUCCGCAGAGGCUUCGGGGGUCACCAUGCGCAACAAGGAAGGCAAGGAGAAGGACCGCGAGAAGAGGUUCAGCUUCUUCGGCAAGAAGAAAUAAAACAUUUGGGGAAAACAAAGUCAGCGGAAACCGUAUACGUCAAUAUUCCAACAAAGUGAAACGGGCAGAAAAGCAGUGGUCUCAUAAACGCAUGGCUCUCAGUGCUGGUCCCAUGGCUGUCAGUCCGGUGUGGCUCAUGCACAGCUUACUCUUUCCCUCUCCACUCUUUCAUUUGUCAUUUUCCAUUUCACAUCUCCCUUGCCCUCCAUCUUUCACAUUCGGCUUCAUCCUACCAAUAUAAGCCCUUGUCCACAGCUUUAGUGGAAUUCACCGCCAAUGAACAGGGUUUAGUUAUCAGAGUCACUAUUAAGAACUCCUUGACCUCAAGAUUGGAGACACCAAGGGGUUUGUGGGGAGAGGGGAGACUGGGGGGGUUAGCAGAGGCUGGAGACUAAGGCCCCUAAGAGUCACUACUUUUCCAUUCACUGUAUCGUUUCUUUGUUUUAAAAUGAGUUCUGCCUCAACCAGUCUUCAGAUAUGCAGCCUGCUCUGAUGCUGUUAUACCAAUCACACUGACCGUGAUAGAGGGAGCUAUUCCCAUGUCCCGUCUCCCGGUCUCCCUCCUAUUCCCAUGUCCCGUCUCCCGGUCUCCCUCCUAUUCCCAUGUCCCGGUCUCCCUCCUAUUCCCAUGUCCCGUCUCCCUCCUAUUCCCAUGUCCCGUCUCCCGGUCUCCCUCCUAUUCUCCAACAUCCCCUCUCUCUUGGCCAGGACCACAAAAAUGUGUUUUAUUUGGUAUUGGUGUUAUUAACAUUACCAAUAUUAUUGCUGUUAUUAUUUAUCUUUUUGCUGUUGCAGUUUGGGGGGGGAUAUUUAACGAGUAUGUCAGUGGAGUAAUGCAUUUGGGUCAAUCUUCAGGGCCAUGUUGGUCUUGUCUCUAUUUGUAUUGUUUAGUUUUUUUUGUAGGAAGGACAGUUCAUGAGGAGUUUUUGAAAAAGAAAAAUCAGUAAAUUUUAGCAGUGUGCAGUAAGUGAUUUUCACCAGUGGGAAAUUGAUAUAUAUUUAAAGUGGUUUUAUUUUCAUUUUAACUUGGAUCUACAUGUAUUUGAUUUUCUUCUGAGGGAUUAUUUCUGCUUUGAUUUUGAGGGAAAAAAAACUUAACAUUUUGAAGCAGAGAGAAUUAGUUUUCUAGUGAGGGUGAGUUGUGAUGCUGUGGGUUUAUGCACGUUUCUGUUCUAAAUCAGACGUGUCCAGUUGGACGCUGCUUUUCUGACUUACCACAACAUACUACAUUCACUUCACUUCAGACACAAACACACACACACACACACAUACAGAAGUUGUUGUGAUGGCUUUCGAUAGGGAUUCUUGUUUUUUUCCUUUUUGGUUUGAAUAUGUAGAUGGCAAUGCUAAUGAAUGAGUUGAAUGUUCCUCCUAGAUUACUCUUCACACUCUUCCUUUGGGUAUCUGUCAGUUGUUUUGGAAUGUUCUGGCAGGUGGAGGUAAUCCCUGCCAGGCCUCAACACUAGAGAACUGGAAGCAGGUACACAUCCAUGUCACACAGGGUCGGGAAGGUGAAGGGUUCCUUAAAGAUGGGUUCGGGGCGGGGCGCUGAAACUAGGGGAUGCAGCUGUUAGAGGAUCAGAAUGUGCUGUGUCAUGUGCUGGAUGAACAGAGGCUCGGAGUCUCACUGAAGCCCACUGACUUUUUAACCCUUUAAUAGCCUGACCAUUGCUUUGAUUGGAAUAGUGCUUAAUCGCAAAGGAAGCUUUGGCACUCACUAAGAGUUUUCAGCAGAAUGUUUUAAACCCCCCCCCCCC